UGCAGCGCGCGACGGAAGUGCAGCAGGCGGAAGCGGCGGCGGCCCGGUGCAGAGGGAUAUACAUCCGAGAAACAAAAAGAAAGCCGGAAUAGCUCCUGAAUGGGAUUUUAUUCCUACUGGCAAUUCUUUUGAAGAGGGAUACCCUCUGGCUCAGAAUUAAGAUGCUCUGGUUUCAAGGAAACAGCCUGCAGAUUGCCAAAUCCUCAUUUGGACUCUUGCGAAAUCUCUCUGCCUCUAACACCACUCUGCCUGUGCUGACCUUAUUCACAAAGAAUCCAUGCCCACUCUGUGAUGAAGCCAAAGAAGUCCUCAAGCCAUAUAAAGACAGGUUUAUUUUGCAGGAGGUGGACAUCACACUUCCAGAAAAUGCUACUUGGUAUGAAAGGUAUAAAUUUGACAUCCCCGUCUUCCACCUGAAUGGCCAGUUUCUGAUGAUGCAUCGAGUAAACACCUCCAAGCUUGAGAAGCAACUUCUGAAACUUGAGCAGCGGGCGCUGGAGACAAACUGAUGUCUCGUGAGUUCCUCCCUCUCUGUCAGAAGGCAUCUGCCCAAGGCAGGGACUGGGGUCUUGGAUUUCCUUGUCACCUUCACAGUGCCCUUAUGAUGGUAUCACAUAAAUAUGUUGCCAUUAGUCCUUUGUUUGAUGCAAGCACCUACAUGAGAACAGUCUACGUAUGGGCAUUUUGUAACCUAGUGCACUGUAUGGAAGGGGAAGGUGUAGGUAGGGAGGGAUCUGUUUGGUGGUUAUUGUUCCCUUUUGUGUGAAUGUGGAAGCAUGUGUCGUGCCCUGGACAGUGCCCUGAUGGGAAAUUGGGCUGCAGUCCUGCUGCUAAGCAGUCCUAUUACUUUUAGUGGCAUAAAUGCUCUUCCACCAAAUAAACUGAAAUGUGAAUUGUUAAUAACUGUGCACAGUCAAUAAAGGGGUGUUUUGAUGAAUACAUCUGCACGCAGCUAUUUCAGUGGAAUUUAAUAAUACCUGUUUAAAAUUAGUGUUCACUUUUGUUGAGUAGAAGAGAAUAAUUAUCCUAGCCAAAGAGGCUUCUCUUCAGAAAAACAAAGGAGAUUUAACCCUCCAGAAUGUAUAUAACAGACUCCGCUGUUCAUGUCAUCGUGGAAUUGACUUGUAAUGUUGAAGACUGCCUUAAGUUCUCAUCAAUUAAGUCAAUUCAAAUAAUUGUACGAUAGUAACUUUGUCAAAUUUUAGUAUCUUGGGAAAAUUCAUUUUUCAUUAUAACUGAACAUAUAUGUAUAUAAAUCUAAAUAUAAAGUACCAUGUUAUAUAAAGUAUUAAAAUGUAGUU